UUUUGUCUGUCUGUGUGCUGGGACUCUCAUUCGAACCAUGGGUUUUGUAAAGGAGUCGCGGAAAAAGAAGAUAAUUGUAGGAGCCUUGGCUGUAUCGAUCGUGACCCUGAUCCUCGGUCUUGGACUCGGUCUCGGAUUGGACUUGCAAAAAUGUCGAAACAAAGUCGUCCCCCAAACGUCCUGCAGGAGCCGAUGCUACGAGCCCUACGACGACCAGACCCCCGGCUGCAGAUGUGACCACAGCUGUAACGCCAGCAACAGCUGCUGCCAUGACUACCGUGACAUCUGCACCGUCCCGGCGGAGCAGUGGGGGUGCACGACGCUGCGCUGUGGGGAGAAGAGACUGACGCAGAGCCGGUGUCACUGCUCCGACGACUGUCUGUCUGCAGGAGACUGCUGCACAAACUACAAACAUGUCUGCCACGGAGAGAGAGAGUGGGUGGAGGACAAGUGUGAGGACCUGUCAACCCCCGCAUGUCCAGCAGGCUUUACGCAGCAGCCUCUGCUCCUCGUCUCUUUGGACGGGCUGCGGGCUGAGUACCUGCAGACGUGGAGCGCUCUCCUCCCUACUCUGGACAAACUCAAGGAGUGUGGAACAUCGGCACCGUACAUGCAGGCCGCCUUUCCCAGCAAGACUUUCCCCAAUCACUACACCAUCGUUACGGGUCUCUAUCCAGAGUCCAACGGUUUGAUUGACAACACCAUGUACGACCCCGUGUUUGACGCCACCUUCAGUCUGUCGAGUCCGGAGAAAGACAACCCUGACUGGUACCUCGGACAGCCCAUUUGGCACACAGUGAAGCAACAGGGGCUGAAGUCGGGGACUUUCUUUUGGCCAGGAUCAGAUGUCAAAAUCAACGGAAGCUUUCCCAACAUCUACCGACCUUACGACGGUAAAGUGCCGUUUGAAGAGCGAGUAUUCACCGUGCUGAAGUGGCUACAGCUGCCAGAUGAUGAAAGACCAGAUUUCUACACGUUGUAUCUGGAGGAACCGGAUAAAUCUGGACACAGCUACGGACCUGUGAGUGGAGGGCUGAUUGAAGCGAUCCAGGGUGUGGAUGAGAUCAUCGGUCAGCUGAUGAACGGCCUCAAGCAGAUUGGCCUCCACCGCUGCGUCAACAUCAUCAUCGUGGCAGAUCAUGGUAUGGAGGACACGAGCUGCGACAGGAAGGAAGUGUUGCAGGAGCUGGUGGGCGACGUCCAGGACUACUGGGUCACAGAGGGGCCGUUCGGACGCAUCAGAGCCAAAAACAAGGACACUGUGCUGGACUCAGCUGGACUUGUUGCUAACAUGACUUGUAAGAAGCCAGAUCAAAAGAUCAAGCCGUACCUGAAGGCCAACCUGCCGAAGCGCCUCCACUUUGCCAACAGCCGCCGCAUCGAAGACGUCAACGUCCUGGUGGACCCUAAAUGGCUGUUUGAGAGAUAUCCAGGUUCUCUCACAUUCUGCUCUGGCGGGAACCACGGCUACGACAACGACGCUGAGAGCAUGCACGCCAUGUUUGUCAGUUAUGGACCCAAGUUUCAGGACAAAACUAAAAUCGAACCCUUUUCCAACAUCGAGCUUUACAACCUGAUGUGUGACGUAAUGCAGAUCUCUCCCACUACCAACAACGGGACCCACGGCAGUAUGAACCACGUCCUGAGGCGGCCCUACUACACGCCAGCGCCCCCUGCAGAGCAGAGCGUUCCGGUUCAGUGUCCGAUGGUCAGUCUCGAUCCUGCAGACAACCUGGGAUGCUCCUGUCCUGCCGUGAUUGGAAACACUAUCAACAUGCGUCUGAAUCUGACAGCAGAAGAAGAGGCGGCGGCAGAGAAGAAGCACCUGCUGUUUGGUCGUCCCCGGAUGCUGCAGCGGGACCAGAGUUACUGCGUCCUCCGCCAGGAGGGAUUUGUCCACGCGUACGGCCACAAAGAGCUGAUGCCUCUGUGGAGCUCCUUCACCAUGGACAAGCCAAUGAACCUGGACCCGUUGCCGUCGGUGACGCCAAACUGUUUGAGGGCCGAUGUCCGACUCCCAGCAUCCCAGAGUCCCAGAUGUGAUCAGUACAACUCUACUGGGAACCUGACGCACGCCUUCCUGUACCCUCCCAAUCUGAAUGCGACCGCGGACCAGCAGUUUGAUGCUCUAAUAAUGAGUAAUGUGGUGCCAAUGUACCCCGAGUUCAAGAAGAUCUGGGACUAUUUUUACAGCACGCUGUUGAAGAAGUAUGCUUCUAUUUACAACGGCGUUAACGUGGUGACAGGCCCCGCCUUCGAUUACAACCACGACGGCCAGUACGACACUCCAGAGCAGAUCCAGGAGUUUGUGUCCAGCACAAACAUCCCGAUCCCCACACACUACUUUGCUGUGGUGACCAGCUGCGGGGACUCGGCCCUCCCGGUGGACGCCUGUGCCGCUGCGCUGCAGACCGUGUCCUUCUUGCUACCUCACAGACCAGACAACUCGGAAAGCUGCCAAAGUUCUCAAGCCGAGUCUCACUGGGUCGAGGAUCUCAUGUGGUUCCAUCAAUCACGAGUCCGAGACGUCGAGUGGAUCACGGGAUUGGAUUUUUACCAGGAGAGCAGUCGACCAAUCCCAGAGCUGCUGAGGAUCAAGACCCGCCCCACAGCCGCCAUUCACAGAAAGCAAUGAAACAGCCCUUUUCCACAAGAAAACGCCAAGAUGAAUAUUCCAAAUCUGUUGAGUCAGUGGUCCUAAAUUGUGUUAUCACUGGACGUCAGGUAUCUAAUUUCCAAUGUAGUAACAUUGUUUAUUUAUUUGGUUUCUUUGCAUGAUUCUUUCCUGCAUUUAAGGGGUUAAUUCACGCAUAACCCAAAGUUAUGCGGCAGUACUGGACUUUUUGUGCCGUGGUGCUACUGGACUUAAAAUCGUUUUUGAGGAUUGUGCACUUUUUUUUUUAAAGCAGGAUAAUAAAACAAAUAAAUCUAAUUUGGUC